AGAGCUUCCCAGCAGGAAAUAUUCCAGGAGAUCCAGCUGCUCGUCCAGUCUGCCCUGGACGGGUAUAUCCCGUUUGCAUCUUCGCCUAUGGACAGAUGGGAAGUGGCAAAACCUUCACCAUGGAAAGGCUGGAACCACCCAGAGAUCCUGAAUCCCGCGGGAUGAUCCCAAGGGCCUUCCAGCACCUCUUCCACAGCACCCACAACAAAGCUGGGAGUACUGGUUUUCUGCCAGUUUCCUGGAGAUCUACAACGAAUCCCUGUGGGAUCUGCUGCUCCCAGAAGGGGAGCGUGGAGCGGAGCUGGAGAUCCGACGGAUUGGCCCCAACACCGACCAGCUCCAUGUGCCCAACCUCACCUGGGCGCCCGACCGAGGAGGAGGUGCUGGAGCUGCUGCAGCGAGCGGGUUCCCAGCGUUCCGUGGCCCGGAUGGGGCUCAAUGAUCGCUCAUCCCGGAGCCAUUCCAUGUUCCAGCUGCGCAUCCACGGGGAGCACCAGGCCAGGGACCUGCAAUCCCACUCCUUGCUGACCCUGGUGGACCUGACGGGCUCGGAGCACCUGGAAAAGUUGGGAUCUGUCAGGAAUCGGCUCCGGGAAACCCAAUCCAUCAAUUCCAGCCUCAGCGCCCUCGGGCUCAUCAUCGAGGAUCCAUCCCUGAUUUGGAUCAGGGACCUGUGUGCCAAGGGAUUCAUCCCCACCGCCCUUUUUCUGUCCCAAAAUGCUUCCCCCAUUUCCAGCUGCCGUGGAAUUGGAGCUUCACUCAUAACAUUUCCCCCUGGGAUUAACCUCCUGGAGCUCCUGCAGUUGGAUUUCACAGGGAAAAUAAGCAGGAUUUCCUUGGAAAACGUCACCUCCCAACUGCUCAAACAUCAGUCACCUCAAGGGUGA